UUCGCCUGAUGCUCCGGUAGGCUACUGUCUUUAUAGGCCUUCGACGCGUAAUCGGUGGUGGAAACAACCACCACCACCACCACCACCACUUCAACACCGAAAGCCGCCGCCGCAGUCAGGGCAUAAAAGGGGGUGCGCAGGAGCGCCGAUCGCCAUUUAUGUCUCAAUAGUCACCUUUAUUUUCAAGAUUACUUUUUUCGUCUCUUCAACAAAAUGAAAUCAUCUGCCAUUGCAAGUUUAUUCAUGAUUCUCGGAGUCACUGUCUAUGUACAGGCGAUGCCGACCUAUGAUGCACCCGACACGAUUCCGCAGACAAAACCGAUAGAAGCACAGCAUCAGCUCCCGAAUCUAGAAGUGAUGGGUGAAAGGAAAAAGAGGUGCAGUUGGAAUUCGGAUCCAACAACAACAACGGCGGGGUACAGUGACCCACAUUUUGGACAUCCUCCUAAAGCCUGGGAUCCCGUGGAACCGUUUGAAAAAACCAAUAAAUACUUUGGAACGACACGCAGCCCAAUUAGGAAAAAGAGGUCCAUGGACCUAUACGAUCAGCAUCAGCUCCCGCAUCUAGAAAAUCUACAAGUGAUGGGUGAAAGGAAAAAGAGGUGCAGUUGGAAUUCGGAUCCAACAACAACGACGGCGGGGUACAGCGACCCACAUUUUGGACAUCCUCCUAAAGCCUGGGAUCCCGUGGAACCGUUUGAAAAAACCAAUAAAUACUUUGGAACGACACGCAGCCCAAUUAGGAAAAAGAGGUCCAUGGAUGGCAUGAAAGUCAAUUACACUUUACUUAAAUAA